UCCUCUGUUCCUUUACCCGAAAAGCAUCAUCAACACCACAUUCCUUUCUUCUAUCCAGGCAGGACCACCAACAGUUUACCAGCAACUAGCUAUUCGCUCCUUCACUCUACUUCUAGACAUAUCUAUCAACCGGUUCAUAAUACCAAACCACCCGACAAGAACACAUAACUACUACUUAUCACAAUGUACACUGUCGCCAAGGUCGUCAUUGCUCUGGGUGCCCUCGUUGCCCCAUCUCUCGCCUUCUCGGGCGACAUGACCUACUUCGCCCCGGGCCUUGGAGCAUGUGGCCUCUACAGCACCGAGAGCGAAGCGGUCGUCGCCAUGUCGCCCAGCCAGGACGGAAACUGCGGCAGGACCAUCAACAUCAGCUACAACGGCAAGACCGCCAGCGCCGUGGUCGUCGACAAAUGCCCCGGCUGCGCUGGCGACAGCAUUGACGUGUCCCCCGCCGUCUUCGAGCAGCUCGAAAGCUUGGGUGCGGGACGCGUCCAGGUUAGCUGGGAGUACGCCUAAAUGGCCGGGUAGACCUGCCUACCUGGAUGGUGUCCACGACGGGUUUCACUUGUCUAUAUUAUUGGUUGGUAAGCGGCGCUGGAAACGCACAACCCGCAUAUAUUAGUUUUUCUUGUCAUCAGGGGUAUCAUCGCUGGCACAGAAUGGGUUAAGGCAAUGGGUUAAGGCAACGGAAUUGCGUAGAGGAGUCUCGGACUUAGGUUUGUCACGAUGGGCCGGGCCCCAUUACGAGUUUCUGCGGUCACCGGUCAGGGACCGGAUAUAGUGGCUUCGGUAAACAUAGACCAAUAUAAGCUUGCAUUGCAUAUUAAACACUA